AUGUCAUCGUCUUUUCGUUUUCUUCCUACAACUCUAGAUGAGAGAUAUCAUCAUAAGUUUCCUAACUCUUUGUGGGUUUCAUCAGGACAGGAAGUGAUGAAUAACCCAGUACCUUGUCAAGUGUUUCCUCUGGCUUCUGGUGGUAGUUCUUCUGGAUUCUGCAAUGGUAUGUAUGUUUCAGCACAUGAAAGGAAUACUUCCCAGACACAAGCAUCAGUUUCUCAUGUCUCUGGAGAAGGACAGAGACAGGAAUGCUCUGUGGAAACACAACCCUUGACAGUGAUUAAUCAACCUCAAGAGCAGAAAGACAUGAGUUGGUCUUCAGACCAGCUUCAGGGGUUCUUUGACUUUCCUGUUCAGGAUCCACAAGCAGAGAGCAGCAGAGCUAUGGUCUCAUCCGAGGAAGUCCAUUCGAAAAACGAAUGGCCAGAUUGGGCGAAUCAGUUGAUCUCUGUUGAUGAUGGUCUAGAACCAAAUUGGUCAGAGCUUCUCGGAGAUACUAAUGUCCUUAAUCAAGAUUUAAAGAUAGCAACACCGUCUUCUGAUAGAGCGAGGCAAGAUGUAGUAGUAGUUAAUAAUCAGCAUCAGGUGAAUCUAUCAAUGGUGGAGCAGUUUAAUGCCAAAAACUCACCAGCUUGUCCAUCUAAGCAACGUAUGCGUUGGACACCAGAACUUCAUGAAGCAUUUGUCGAAGCUGUCAAUCAACUUGGUGGUAGCGAACGAGCCACACCUAAGGCUGUUUUGAAGCUCAUCAAUAGCCCGGGGUUGACCAUUUAUCAUGUCAAAAGCCAUUUGCAGAAAUACAGAACAGCGAGGUAUAAACCGGAGCUUUCUGAAGAUACAGAAGAACCUCCAGAGAAGAAUUUGAAAACCAUUGAAGAUAUCAAAUCUCUUGACUUGAAGACGAGCAUUGAAAUCACUGAAGCUCUACGAUUACAGAUGCAAGUUCAGAAACAACUCCACGAGCAACUUGAGAUCCAAAGAUCAUUGCAGUUACAAAUCGAAGAACAAGGCCGGUAUCUUCAGAUGAUGAUUGAGAAACAACAGAAGAUGCAAGAGAAGAAAAAAGUCUCUUCUUCCUCAUCAUCAAUACCAGAAACCGAACCUAAAGCAACCAAACCAGAACCAUCAAUAAAUCAGAAACUAACCUCAAUGGAUCAAAGUGAAUUUGCUUCUGGGACUUGUAGGAAACGAGUUAGAGAAGAUUAG